AACCACCGCUCUUGAGCAGCCUCGUCGUCCGCCCCUCCCACACCGAGACCACCGCCGCCGCUGAUUACGAGUCUGGCGAACUCCACCGCGACCCUCCUCCCCCAUUUUCCCGCUCCGAUCGAUUUCCCGAUGACCCUGCUCUGAUGUUGCCUGCAAGAUAUUGGGCCUAGAGGAAGGCAUGUUGCUGUGAACUCAGAUUUGGGUCAUGAUCUGGGAAUGUUUUUUUAUUUAAAAUGGUUAGUAAGCGUGUUGGACGAUGGAAAUUGUCCAUUCUGCUUGAACUUAUGGGGGGUAUUACAGCACGAACUCUAUUGCACUGGUUCUCAUUUUGCGGGGUCAUGGUUAUAUGUUUGGUUUGGGAUAUUGUGAAGGUGAAGACAGUUUUGGGUUAAUGGAAUCUGGGGUACAAUUUGAAGUUGUUGCCAUACAUGGCCUAACAUGGCAACACACUAGAACAUCAAUGUGGUCAGAGGAUUUGUAGAGGACAGAAAUUGACUGUUACAAAUUGUUCAUGGUGAAUAAUCUUAGGCUAUAACCAAAAUAUUUGUCUUCUAUAUCUAGGUUCUGCUGCAAGAAGUGGGUGGGUGGGGGAAUUGAUUUGAUACCUUCGCAGAAGCUGACUUUUUUGUUAUUGAACAUCUGGUUAUUUCAAUUCAAGCUACAUGUGUGCCGUUUACUUUUGGAAUAAUCCUUGCAAUGCUUGUUUUUGGCUGGUGGUUUUCAUUUUACUUUGUGUGGGUUUUUCUUCUUUGGUUCGUUAAUUAGGGAUGAUUCAGAUGGUUAUUUAUUUACAACAUGGAGUCUGCUGAACCAUAAAUAUUUUUCCUAUUGAUGCAUUGACUGGGGGACAUUGAUAUGGUACAGCAAAAGGGAUGCAUAUCAUCUAAACAUGUAGGAAUGCACUUCUUUCUCCUGUUGUUUUGAAGUUAAUUGGGGGCUAGUUUAUUCUGAAAACGGGUGAAUUGGUUGCUGGUAUUAUUGUACAUGGCUUCAAUGGGGUUUGUCUGCCUGGGCCAUUUUUUUGUGUGGUUUGCUGCAAAGUCAUGAACUAUGUUGCUUGAGUCUCCCUUUGGCUGUCACAGCUGACUUAAAAAGAUGGUUCCAGAAAGAGACCAACAAGUGGCUGAUAGGGUGCAUGGUAUUAAACCUUGAGAUCGUUGCACUUUGGUGGCAGUUGGUGGUGGUUAUUCCUUGUGCCAUAUGUUCUGAUAAUGAGCUCUGGGGAUUGAUUACUUUAUAAAGGGUGAAAUGACAUCGGUCUAUUGUUUAUCAUGUUGGAUUAGGUUUUGUGGGAGUGCUCUUACUCUUACCGGGUUUUCAAGUCAGUUCUUAUACUGCAGUUCCUAGGUUGCUGCUGCUCUGAAUUUUAAUUUGGGUUUGGUAUUUCAGAUGCCUAAGUUAAAUAAUUUGUGUAUUUAACUAUAUCAUGGUCUAUGAAUAUUGAGAGAUAAAAGGAAUUGGUAUCAAGGAUAUAAAGUGUGUAGCUUAUGUAUUAGUGGGAAGCCUUGUUCAUAGAACCUGUUUACAUUAUGGUAAAUGGAUCAGGUAUUUGGGAAGGGACAUUGAAGGUGUUGUCAUGUGAACUUCAUGAGCACUUCACACUUUUUAAAUUUCCGUUAUCAAUGAGGAGGAUGAGCCCUGUGUGGUGGUAGCCUUCCUUUGAAAUGUCAAACUGAUUAUAUGGCAGUUGCAUGAUCACGAUGUUUUGGGUCUACUAUAGAUUGUGAUGCUAAAUUUUCUCUUACUGCCUGCAAGUUGCUCAGACUUCACUGUCUUUGUUUUCCCAGGGUAUAGAAUCCGUGCAGGUUCCUCAUCUCCUGUUCACCGUAGAGAUGCAGAUCAUCGCCUUAGUUCUGAUUACAAUCACUUGUCACGAAGCCGUGGAUAUGGAGGGGGGAGAGAUCCUGGCAGACAUCGAGACCCUUCACCCCCACAUGCUCGAGGUAGAGUAGGUGGCAGGCCAAUUGGUAGAGCAUUUGAUGGGCCUAGCUUCGGUCCUGGACAUGCUAGAGGGGAAGGUAGAAAUAAUCCCAAUGUGCGUCCUAGGGAGGGAGAUUGGAUUUGUCCUGAUGGCCUAUGUGGUAAUCUAAACUUUGCAAGGCGGGACCAUUGUAACAGCUGUAAUAGGGCUCGUCCAACUCCUGCUGGAAGUCCUCGAAGGGCUUAUCCUUCUCCUCCACCACUUCAUGCUCCUCAAAGACGAUUCCCUGGUCCUCCAUUAGACCAUUCUCCAGAAAGGUCUAUGAAUGGCUAUAAUAGAUCUCCUCUUCGUGGGUUAGGAAGGGAUGGCCCUAGAGAUUACGGAUCUGCUGCUGCUUUGCCACCUCUGAGGCAUGAAGGUCGGUUUCCAGAUCCCUCUUUGCAUAGAGACCGCCUGGAUUACAUAGAAGAUCCUUACAGGGGAAGAAGCAAGUUUGAUAGGCCACCCCCUUUGGACUGGGAUAGUAGAGAUCGUGUUAGAGAUGUUCUCGCAAAUGAAAGGAAAGGAUUUGAGAGGAGGCCACUGUCACCUCCUGCUGCAAGAUUUGAUCGGAGGCCACUGUCACCCCCUGCUGCACGAUUUGAUCGGAGGCCAUUGUCACCCCCUGCUGCACGAUUUGAUAGGAGACCAUUGUCACCCCCUGCUGCACGAUUUGAUAGGAGGCCACUGUCACCCCCUGCACCCCUUUUGCCGUCAGCUCCUCACCAUCGUGGUGGUCGGUGGGCUCGUGACGUGAGAGAGAGAAGCCGUUCCCCUAUAAGAGGUGGCCCGCCGGCAAAAGACUAUCGCAGGGAUAUGUUUGUGAAUCGUGGAAGAGAUGAUAGGCGUGGUGGUGUGGGACGUGGGAGAGUUGGAGGAAUGUAUUAGCUGCUGGUGUUUAGUGUAAUUGGUUAUGUAAUAUUUUAGCAUCAUUAGAUGUUGAGACUUACAUGUGAAGAGUUUGAGAGAUUAGUGCCUGAAUAUCCACAAUAGGACCAACGUACUGGGUAACAUUUUGACAGCAUACACUGAAUUGCAUUAUGGUAUAUCAGUUUUUUGGCUCCCAAACUUGGGGCGAAUUUUGAACAUGCUUUUAAUGAUAUGAUUGGAUUGAUGAAAAUGAUACAGCUUUAUCCUA